UGCCGAAGCGGCAGCAUGGGGCUGUACGCGGCGGCGGCGGCCGUGCUGGCGGGCGUGGAAAGCCGCCAGGGCUCCCUCAAGGGGCUGGUGUAUUCCAGCAGCUUCCAGAACGUGAAGCAGCUGUACGCGCUGGUGUGCGAGACGCAGCGCUACUCGGCCGUGCUGGACGCCGUGAUCGCCAGCGCCGGGCUCCUCCGCGCCGAGAAGAAGCUGCGGCCGCACCUGGCCAAGGUGCUAGUGUAUGAAUUAUUGCUAGGGAAGGGUUUCCGAGGGGGUGGAGGCCGAUGGAAGGCUGUGCUGGGCCGGCACCAGGCGAGGCUCAAGGCUGAGUUGGCCCGGCUCAAGGUUCAUCGGGGUGUGAGCCGAAAUGAGGACCUGUUGCAAGAGAGUUCCAGGCCUAGCCAAGCCUACCAGGUGCCUCGGUUCGUGCGUGUGAACACGCUCAAGACCUGCCCUGAGGACGCGAUCGAUUAUUUCAAGAGACAAGGUUUCUCCUACCAGGGUCGGGCUUCCAGCCUGGAGGACUUGCGAACUCUCAAGGGGCGACAUUUUCUCCUGGACUCCCUGUUGCCUGAGCUUCUUGUGUUUCCUGCACAGACAGAUCUGCAUGAGCACCCGCUCUACCGCGCUGGCCAUCUCAUCCUGCAGGAUAAGGCCAGCUGCCUCCCAGCCAUGCUGCUGGCCCCCCCGCCUGGCUCCCAUGUCAUUGAUGCCUGUGCUGCCCCCGGCAACAAGACCAGUUACAUUGCGGCCCUUCUGAAGAACCAGGGGUGAGUGCUGGCAGUGAGCUUUGAGGCAGAGGGAGGGAUGUGGCAA